CUAGUUGUCAACUUGUCAUUUUGUUUUAAAAUAAUCCUGGUUUUUAUUUCGUGAAAUAAAAUGCUUUUAUAAAUUAAUAAGCACGGACUAGUAUUUAAAAAUGAGGCGUGAGGUGUUAGUGCUGUUUACAUUGGUAUUAUGUGCUCGGGCGUGGGACGAUGACGAUUUAGAGGUGUUCGACGUGGUGGAAGAAGUUAAUCAGAAUUUUUAUGAAUUACUUGGCGUUACACAGGAAGCCACACCAGCGGAAAUUAAGUCUGCGUUCAAAAAGCUGACUCUGAAACUGCAUCCAGACAAGAAUGAUUCACCAGAUGCUGAUGUUCAGUUCAGGAACCUGGUCUCUGUACACAACAUAUUGAAGGACCCAGGGAAACGAGAGAAGUAA